AUGAGGCAUUCCAACCUCGUGCUCGACCCCUCGCAACCACUGCCUCCAACAAGAGAUUCUGCAGCUGGUGCAUCCGUACCGAAGUCUCUCCCUCCUCCGAAUGAGGUCAAGGUAGCUCCACUUGGUGUUGGAGGCGAGAACGCAGCCAUAUACUUCGUCGGCACCGCCACCACAAUUCUGGAAUGGGAAGGCAUCCGAAUCAUGACGGACCCCAACUUCCUGCACGCCGGCGACCACGUCCAUCUGGGACCCGGCGUUCAAGGCACCCGGCAGACGAAUCCAGCGAUUGAACUGUCCCAGCUGCCCCGCAUCGAUGCAGUCCUGCUGUCGCACUACCAUGCCGACCACUUUGACCAGGACGUCGAAGCCUCUCUGCGCCGUUCGCUGCCUAUAGUCACCACGCCGCAUGCAAAACGCCACCUGACCACCAAGCCUGCGAGUGAAAGCUUCACCCACGUCUUCGAUCUGGACUUCUUCGACUCCAUGUUCCUCGACGUCAAACGCCCUGCUGAACAAGGCCGCGUGCCCGCCAUCAAGGUCACCGGCAUGCCGGGGAAGCAUGUCCCUCCUGGCCCUGCGGGGGCAUUGAAGGCCGUCAACGAACUGCUUCAGGCGGUGCCGCCCACCAACGGCUGGAUGCUCGACAUCGGAUACAGAAACACUGUCGAGGAUGAAGCCAUCUACAUCUCAGGCGACACCCUCUUGGUAGACGAACUCGAAGAAAUUCCGGAGCGGUACAGGGAUCAGAAUAUUGAUCUGAUGCUCAUUCAUUUGGGCGGCACUACGAUCCCGGGGCCAAAGAUGCCGCUGUUGAUGGUAACCAUGGACGCGAACCAAGGCAUUGAGCUCAUGCGAUUGAUCAACCCUGAUAUGACCAUCCCCAUCCACUACGACGACUACGACGUUUUUCUCUCGCCUCUUUCCGACUUCAAGAAAGCUGUUGAUGAAGCUGGUUUGAGCAACAAAGUGACGUAUCUGGAUCGAAAGGACCAGUUCAAAUUCCUUGUAAAGCAUCAGUUGUGA